GAUUACAUUCACUUCUCUGAUUUUCAAGAUGAAGCAAACACUGCUGUUUACGUUAUUGUUUGCUUUUCUCAUACAAAUAAAUGGAUUGUCCAUAUUCACGGACAACAGCGACAACAGUUCAUCUUUACUGGACAUCAGUGAUCCUGACUCCAAAAAUACUGAUGUCUUCCGACAGUUACUGAACCAAGAAACAAUCAUCAGAAUGUCACUGGUGAAGAACGUUCACGCCUUAAUGAAGGACAUGCUGGAUUUAAAGAAAAGUAUGGAGACAUUGGAAACAUCCCAGCAGAAUACAGAUGUAGAGUUCACUGCCUUAAAACAGGAGGUUGAGAAACUGAAAAGGGAAAACCAAAGAAUUGAACAUGAAAACAGGCGAUAUGAAGAAACUUUCAGAGUUGUUACAGAAAAUUUUACCAAAGUCGACGAAUACAUUCAGCAGGUUGUGGAACAACUGGAAGAGAAAAGAGAACGUUUUGAAACAAACACUAGUGCAGUCCUGGCGGAUCUUAAAGUGGAAGUUCGGUAUCUGUCAGUGACCCUUCUGGACUUAAAUAAACACACUUUGGAAAUGGACAUGAAAUUUCCUAAAAUGAUGCAGGACAAAUAUGAACAGUUAUCUUUGAGAUUGAACACUUCUGUGGAGAACCUUAGCAACGAUAUAAUAAUAACAAAUAAAACAAUGCUUCAAUCAGUGUCUGACCUCGAAAACUCGCAAAAUAUUAUCCAAUAUUCUAUAUCUGUUAACAUCAGUAAAACAUUAGAGGACAUGAUAGCGGAAGUAAAACAAUCUAAGAAUGAACAGCUGCAACUGUCUUCUGUCGUGUCCUCUCUCGAGGUGUUCCGAAUGAAUAUGACGAAUAACAUAUUAGAUAAAUCAAAGAAGGUAGGUUUCUCCGCCUCAGUGUCAUCCACCGACAGUUCUUGGAAUUCCGGGACACUUGUAUUUCCUUCCGUCAUCACUAAUGAAGGGAAUGGAUACAACCCAAGUAACGGAAUAUUUACUGCUCCUAUCGCCGGAAUGUACGUCUUCUUUGUGAAUAUUCAGAGUUACCAAAAUAAAAAUAUUUAUGUAGACAUUGUGUUGAACGGAUCAACAAAAGUCAGAACAAUGGCCUAUGGUACAAAUGGUCAUGAUUAUUACGAUGCGGGUCCCAAUAUGGUGGUGCUGACUAUUCAGAAGGGAGACGCAGUGUGGAUCAAAUAUUUCACUGGUUCAGGCUAUUACAACAAUGGUCCUAUCACUACAUUCUCCGGUUUUCUCAUACACUUGUAAUCAAAUCUUUAAAAGUUCGAUGUGCAUGCUAUAGGCAUUGAUUAUGCAUGUUCCUUUACAAAUGAAUAACAUAUGUUGCAGUUUGAUUGAAAAUGGAACACUGUAAUUAAGAAUACUGUAAAAUCGUAUAUUUUCUUGGAGCCAAACUUUCGUGGUUUAAUGGAAAAUAUGGGUGCGUGGGGAUUUAAUUUACAGGAUGAAGAAUUGUUUAUUAGUUAUAUCUGUGAAUUAUAUAUCUUGUAGGACAUAAAUUCGUGGGUCUCUUAAUGACUUGAAAAUCACAAAAAUUAAACUCCCAUAAAAAUUCAGAGUAUUCUUUAAAAUAUUGAUAAUCUUCAUGAUUCAUCUGACAUUCAAUUUUAUAUUUAAUUGUUAAAUUUGGAAAGGGAUCUAUCUACAUGAUAAAUGGAAGGUGAAAAUUAAAGAAAAAAGUUUUAUAGUUAAUUCAUUUUUAAAAUCUCUUCAGAAGGAAUUGGUCAAAACUGAUUAGUUCAGAUAUCAUGUUUUAAUAUAUUACAAAACUAAUGACAGAAGUUCUAAUCUUUUAUUUGAGACCAAUUGCUAUUUGUAUCACGUUUAAGACAAGCAUAAACAUUUUAAACAACUUUGUUGCUAUUGCAAACAAUUUUGCUAUCGUAGAAUACUAACAUUGCUCUUUUUUGUGUCUAUUGGAAUACAUUGCAUUGUUAAGUUGUAUCGUUGUUAGAAAAUUCCUUUUCUUUUGCUUGUUAUUUCUAAAAAAAAGUAUACUAUUAUUAAACCCAUUAUUUAUAUUGUCUUAACCUAAAAUGAUAUGCAUUGUAAAUCCAAAACUGUAAAACCACUGAUACUAAGCUUUUGUA